GCUAAAACAUAAAAUUCCCAAUUGAAAAAGUUUGACUCCCAAUCCUCGAAGGCAUAAAGCCCUCUCGAUGGCGUCCGCGCCGCCACCACUCCUCGCCCCGCACCGCCCCUCCACCACCGCCACCCGCCUCUUCACCUCCCCCUCCUCCUCGCCGCGGACCCGGCCACGCAGGCUCGUUGCGGCGGCGGCCCGCUCGAUGCCUUGGCCGCACGUGCUGACGGUGGCCGGCUCCGAUUCCGGCGCCGGCGCGGGCGUCCAAGCCGACAUCAAGGCCUGCGCGGCCCUCGGCGCUUACUGCUCCACCGUCAUCACCGCCGUCACGGCGCAGAACACCGUCGGCGUCCAGGGGGUCCACGCGGUGCCAGAGGAGUUCGUCGAGGAGCAGCUCCGGUCGGUUCUCUCGGACAUGUCGGUGGACGUGGUGAAAACAGGGAUGCUCCCUUCAGCUGGAGUAGUUAAAGUUCUGUGUGAGAGUCUCAGGAAGUUUCCAGUCAAAGCUUUGGUGGUGGAUCCGGUCAUGGUAUCCACAAGUGGACAUACUCUUUCAGGACCAUCUUCUCUCGCUAAAUAUAGGGAUGAACUGUUUUCUAUGGCUGAUAUAGUCACUCCUAAUGUGAAAGAAGCGUCAAAAUUACUUGGGAAUGUUUCAUUGCAAACAGUUUCUGACAUGCGCAGCGCAGCUGAAUCCAUCUACAGUUUUGGUCCAAAACAUGUACUUGUGAAAGGUGGGGAUAUGCCUGAUUCGUCAGAAGCAAUUGAUGUAUUUUUUGAUGGUAAGGAGUUCAUUGAACUUCGUGGCCAGCAUAUAAAGACCCGUAACACACAUGGAACUGGUUGCACUUUAGCUUCAUGUAUAGCUGCUGAAUUAGCAAAAGGUGCACCAAUGCUGCAUGCUGUUCAGGACGCAAAGAAAUUUGUGGAAUCUGCUCUUUAUCACAGUAAAGAUCUUGUGAUUGGGAAUGGACCUCAAGGCCCUUUUGACCACCUCUUCAGGCUCAAGUCUCCCUUAUACAAGAUGGGAUCACUGCACAAGUUCAAUCCAGAUGACAUCUUCCUGUAUGCAGUGACAGACUCUGGGAUGAACAAGAAGUGGGGUCGUUCAAUAAAAGAUGCCGUGAAGGCUGCCAUUGAAGGAGGUGCUACCAUUGUCCAACUGAGAGAAAAAGAUGCUGAAACACGGGAGUUUCUGGAAGCUGCCAAGGCUUGCAUGGAAAUCUGCAGGUCCAGUGGGGUGCCUCUACUGAUCAAUGAUCGCAUAGACGUUGCCCUGGCAUGUAACGCUGAUGGCGUCCAUGUUGGUCAAUCAGACAUGCCGGCAUGGGAAGUGCGGGAGCUCCUGGGACCAGGAAAAAUCAUCGGUGUCUCGUGCAAGACCCCCACUCAAGCCGAGCAGGCCUGGAAGGACGGAGCAGACUACAUUGGCUGUGGUGGUGUCUUCCCAACCACAACUAAGGCGAACAAUCCCACCUUGGGGUUUGAGGGCUUGAAGGCCGUGUGCUCAGCGUCAAAGUUGCCUGUGGUGGCCAUCGGUGGCAUCAAUCCCACAAAUGCAGGUUCAGUGAUGGACCUCAGCCUCCCAAAUCUCAAAGGUGUCGCUGUGGUCUCUGCUCUGUUUGACCGAGAAUGUGUCACAACCGAGACAAAACACCUCAGAUCGAUCCUGAUGAAUGCUUGCUCCAGAUCCUAGAGCUAGCUGACAAGUCUUCACUCUUCCUUUGUGCAGGGAGAUUUGUUUUCACUUCUAAUCAAGUGUUUCUUAUUCCCUUUGUCAAAAGAGAAAAAUGUGUUCUGCUGUUCAAUAAUUGGAGACAAUUCCCUUGAAAAGGAAUAAUUUGGAGACAAUUCCCUCAAAAAAGAAUAAUUUGGAGACAUUUCAGCAACUGAACUUGUAAUAAUAAACGAAAAAUGCAUCAAAUUCAUAGAUGAUGCAAGGGAAUGUUUUUUCAUUUUUGGAAUCAAUUUGACAUCAGGUAUAAUUUGAAGUAUGACCGUA